UCGAGUGGCCUAGGGGACCGCGGGAUAAGUGCUGGGAGAAGGAAAUCGUAGCAGCCGAAUUAGUAGGCAUCCAAGAGACCAGGGUCCUACGGACUCACGCCUCGUCUUCCCUUUUGUCCAAUGGCGCAGGCCGUUCAGAAGCCCAGCCACUAUAGCAUUCGCUCGGCAAACCACAAGUUCCAGAGUCUGGCCUAUGCUCAGUGGCAGCGGUCCAAGCAGAAAACCAAGCCAUCUGCUCUUCCUCCAGUCCAACAAGCCAACAGCCACAAGAGGAGCAAAAUGAAGACUUUGACAAAUGUUCAGCCAGCCUUGCACUCCAUGCCCGCCUUGCCGAGGCCGAACCAACAGAGGUAUUCACGAGGAAAGGUGGACCCUGCGGAGACACAGGCCAGAGCCCGGCUCAUGCGGGCGUUGAUCAAGAACCGGCGGAGCGCACUGCAGGAGCUGUGCCACCACCAGAAGUUCCUCACCCAGCACAACCAGCGCCUGGUGAGGGCCGUCCGGGACCUGGAGGACGCCGCGGCCCGGACCGUGCGGACCACGCUGCAGCAGCAGGAGACCCUGUCGACCGUCAUCGACAUCUUGGAGUACUCCAACAAGAAGAAGCUGCAGCAGUUUAAGUGUGAGCUCCAGGAGUGGGAGGAGAAGGCGGCAUCCAGAGUGAGCCAACUGGAGCAGCAGUUGGAGCAGCUGAAGGCCAAGAUCCAGAAGACCCAGGAGGAAGUGAACUUCUUGAGCACAUACAUGGACCAUGAGUAUCCUGUCACGUCGGUCCAGAUCGCCACCCUCAUGCGCCAGCUGCAGCAGAUGAAGGACAGCCAGCAGGACGAGCUGGACGAACUUAACGAGAUGCGCAGCACGGUCCUGGCGUACUUGUCCAAGCAGAUACAGGAGAAGCAGAAGAAUCUUCUGAUGUCUCUGGUGGUGAAAACCCAGGCUCCCCACGAGAAGACACUUCUGCAGAAGACCCGCGACACUCAGCGGUUGCGGAAAUACUUGGAAAAGUUCAGAGAGUUUGUUGGCCAGUAUGAAGCGGAAAUACCCUUAUUACGGAAGGAGGUGAAACAGCUCCAUGCCCAGAUCCUGGAUCCCCGAGAGGUCUUAUUUGCGGACGUCCUGCUUCGGAGGCCCAAAAAACUGUCAGGUCCAUGAAGUGCUCAUGAGGCACCAGCACUGUGGCUGUCAGCAGCCCUUGUUCUCACCUCCGUGGAGACACGUCUUGGGCCAGACCUUGACUGCUGCUGAGCCGCACGAGAAAGCGACUCCACCACAGCAGGAGCUGUGAACAGGGCGGCUGGGCCGGGGAGAACUGCCAGGCCAGCCGGAGCCCGACAGGUGCAGGGAAGU